AUGACCUUGACAUCUACAGCCGUCCUCGCCGCCGCGUUUUUGGCGCACCAAGCCAGCGCCCAGCAGUACUGUCGCGACCGCUUUGGAAACAUUGUCCGCUGUCGCUCGGGCUUGAGCAUGGGCGCACGCAUCGCCAUAGGCGUAUGCGUCGGCGUUGGCAUCUUCAUCAUCUUCAUGGCUAUGGGUAUGAUGCGUCGUCGUAAGCUCCAGAACCAGUGGAACCAGUACCGUCCCCCUCCGCCCGUGGGCAUGACCGGCGACCCGAGCAUGCCGCAGUAUGCGAACAACCCCCCGCCGCCAACCUACGCUGCUGAUGGCGGAUUCCGGUCGGACAACGUGGAUGGUCCAGCACCCCCGCCCGCUGUUUACCAGCCCUCAAGUGCGGGUCAGUACGGCAUGGGGCCCACUAAUACGGGUGGCGCAAACAGCUCAUACUACGGCGCGGACACGAACACAAACCCGCACAACUACGAGUAUGAGCAGCAGGCGCGCAUGGACGCCGAGAAGGACCAGGUCCCGGGAUACAGCGUCGACGGCGGCUAUGCUUCGCCCAGCGGCCCGCCCCCAGCCGCGGGCGGUUACGCUUCCCCCGAUGGCCCGCCCCCGGGCGCUAUCUCUGCGUCGACUGGUCCGGCCUCAGGCCGCUGA